CGGCGCCGGCGCCUCUGGCAGAGGUAUUUCGGUCGGCCUGCUCCGGUGACGGUGCUCGGUGCCGGUGGCCGCCAGUGGUGCGUCUGAGGUCGUCGCCGCCCGGCCGCUGCUCCGCUCCUGCGCCGACAGCCGACCGGCCGCCACACCCCACAGGAGUGCAGCCAUGGUGCACUGGAAGCGUGACCUCGACCUGUACACCAUCGGACGGCCGCUGGAGCGCAAUGCCGGCUUCUGGCUCAACUACAUGAAGGGCCUCAAAGGUGACCACGACAGUCGCCCGGUGCCGGGCGUGACCCCCGCCGGCUCCGGCGCGCACCCGCACUGGGCGCAGCCGGCCACCGGCCGAGACCUGCUCGACCCGCGCUUCCCGCUCGCCGCCGACGGCAGCGGCGUCGGUCACAGCGCCGAGCUCGACGACAUCAGAGACAUCAUCGCGCGGGCCAACCGGCGCCGCCGGCAGCAGGACAUCGACGAGCAGCGGCGCAGGCUGGGGCUCUACUAGACGAGCAGCGGCGCAGGCUGCCGAGCAGCGGCGCAGGCUGGGGCUCUACUAGACGGGCAGCGGCGCAGGCUGACGGGCAGCGGCGCAGACUGGGGCUCUGCUAGACGGGCGGCGGCGCAGGCUGGGGCUCUACUAGACCAAGCGGGCAAUCCAGACAGAACGAACAGCGCGGGAAGGCGGAGGGGCCAGCGAAUCAAUAAAAAGGAAUUAAACGUUACACACUACACGUUUUCUACCAUUGUUAGGUUUUCUGAUUUUGGUUGACGCUGCUUUAAUUUAAGUCAUUUUAUCAUUCCUAUUGGAUACAUUUAAAAAAUGUUUAUGAUGUUGCGGAAAAAAAAAUAUUGAAUUUAAUCAAGAAAAUAAAAAUAUAAAUAACUUUAAAGCAAAAUGCAACGCGUCUUUAGUCUUAGGAAUAAAUAACACUCAUAUU